AAAUCAAUAAUCAAAUAAUCAAAACUAAUCAAAGAGUCUAAUCGAGUUAUAAUUUGCCAAUUGUUUCAUCAAAUUUUUCUUAGAGUUAAUUAUGUUUCAAUUUACAUUUUCUUGUAUUUUAUUGUCUCUUGUUGGUGUUUCCUUUGGUGAUCCUCAUCGACCAGGUCAAUUUCUGGACCAUGACCGAACUGUGGUCAAUUGUGCCAAAUAUAAACGAGAAGCUAAUCAGCAUUCAUGUGUCCUUUCACCUUUCAACACCGAAGGACCUUAUUUCCUACCUGAUGAUUUACACCGAUCUAAUGUUAUCGAUGGUCAAAUUGGUCAUGAGCUAAAUUUGAAUAUCAAUCUAGUCAAUUCUCAUGAUUGUACACCUCUUGAAAAUAUGUAUGUUCAUAUUUGGCAUGCAAAUGCUGUUGGAAUUUACUCUGGUGUGAAAAAUGAAGGUCAAGACAGGAACGAAUCUGGACCCGAACCAUUUGAAACUCAUGGUGGACCCGGUGACAGUGGAAUGGGCAAUUUCGGUCGACCUGCCCCAAUAACCAGUGAAAGAUUCUGUCGUGGCUAUCAAGUCACCGAUUCCAAUGGUCAAGUUAACUUUAAGACCAUUAUUCCUGGUUGGUACAAUGGACGUUGUCUUCAUAUUCAUGUUGAAGUUUUCGCUAAAAAUACAACUCAGAGAGAUGAAAUUUCUUAUGUUGGUCAGAUCUUUUUUGACCACAAAUUACCCUAUGAACUUAAGUUAACUGAGCCUUAUGGACAAAACCAACAAAGACUAACCCUUAAUGAACAAGAUUAUAUUUACGCUAAUCAUGGUGAGGAAACAUUAAUCCAAAUUGGUUUAGGUAACACCGGAUAUUCAAGUUCAAUUACUUUAGGUUUAAAUCCUAAUGCCAAAAAAGUUGAUUAAACUGGUCAACUAUGAGAGAAUCAAUCAAUCAGCUGAUCUUCCCAUCAAUGUAAAAAUCUAUUAAUCGUAACCAUUAAAAUCAAAUCAUUCCGAAUCUACUAAUUACCUUUAUCCAUAAUUAUACAAUCGAUCCAGUAAAAGUACAAAUUUUUAUCGUUAAAAUCAAUUGAAACUUAAUUACAAUAAAAAUUGGUCGUUUUUCAAUAAUGA